AUGGACCGCGGGGCUGGUAUUGUGCGUGGUGUAGGGAUAGGGAUGGUGUGGCGGGAAAAAAAAACCAUCGAAAGCCUCCGAGAAUGCGCCGCCGUGGUGGAGUUUGCGCCGCCGCCGUCCGUGCGUUUAAACCAUAGAGUUGCGUUUUUGCUCGAAAAUCCACACACACACGCACAGGCGCCGCCGCUGCGUAUACAACCACCGACCGAGCCGGCAGUGUUCGGUUGA